AUGCCAAGAAAGGGAAAAGCAUCUCAAAGAGCCAGAGAUAAAGUUCACAACAGAUGGGUAGCAGAGACUCCCUCAAAGGAUGGUAAGGAUUCUGUUUCAGGUGCUGAUCCUUUAAAUGCCUUGAAGUUGGUACCUCUUCAAGGAAGUCUGCCUAUCCCUGAGAGGGGUAACAUAGCUAUGUCUGACUCGCCAGCGUGCGUUUGUACACCAGCGAGUGUACCUUCACCAGUGUGUGAAGCAGGGCAGACGCCACUAACUGACUCGCCGCGAUGCGUUUGUACACCAGCGAGUGUACCAUCACUGUCAGAAGUGGGUGAUGCAGUUAGUAAGACAAAUCAGAAAAGAAAAGAACAGGAAUUUCAUGGUGAUAGAAGUCAGGAGUCAUACCCCCAGAGAGGGAAUAUUCAACUAGGGGAUGUUAAAGAAAUAAGAGAAAGAGAUAAAUCGGGUAGGGAUAUUGGAACUGGAAUGUUUUUAUCUGUUCAAGGAAACUAUCAUCAGGGCUGGACUGAUCUGUUUGGAAUUACAAGUGGUAAACAGUGCGUGGCUAAUGCAUUAUCAAGCAUAAUUUUUUCCAAGGUAAAAAAUCCAAAUUCUUGGUUGUCCUCAGAUAUUGACAGAAUUUUGAUUACUGGGAAUGAAUUAUAUGGUUAUCUGCAAGCAAGUUCAACUGUGCAAAACGAAUAUUUAUUAAUAAAUGAACUACCAAGUGAGAUAGAAGUUUAUGAAAAAUGCUUUUCUGUGCAAACUUUUGAAUCACAAGUUGGUCUAAUGGGAAAUGAUAAAAGAUUAAGAAUUGAUGGUGAAUCAUUUGGCAUGUCCAUUUUAGAGGCAUUGCAAAGGUCAUUUGAAAUUGCUGAAUGUUCUUUUGUUUGCUUUGGUGGGAACACUUUUUCUGUGAUCAAAGUUGGAAACCGAUACUUUCUUUUUGAUUCCCAUGCAAGAGAUCAGAAAGGAUUACUGGAUGCCAAUGGAAAAAGUACGUUGAUUGGAAUAGAGACAUUGGAAGGUGUGGCGCAACAUUGUUCACUGUUGGCGUUUUCUCUUUCUAUUGAUCAGAACUCUCAGUUUGAACUAACUCCGGUAAAUAUCAUUGAAUUAGGUAGAGAUGUCAUACAAGUAAUAGGGGAAAGUUCAUCUGAUAUAAUAGCAGGAUUUAAAAAAGGUGAUGUCCUUCUUGACCAAUAUUUUCAAGAUCAAGAACGUAGACAGAAAGAUGUUGUCAAAAGAAAAGAGGAAGGAAAGAUCAAGUGUUCUAGAAAAGAUUACAUUAAAAAUUACAUGAAAAACUGGAGAAAAUUAGAACAUGCUAGGAAAGUUGAGAAAGUAAGAGACAAAAUAGCAAAGCAAAAAAAUAGAUCAGACAUAAAAAAGAGAAACAUUGAGAAAGCAAGGGAAAGAACAGGAAGACAAUUGAAACGACAAGUCAAAGACAUGAGAAACACUGAGAAAGAAAGGGACAAAACAGCAAGACAAGUAAAACGGUUAGACAAAGACACAAGAAACAUCGAGAAAGAAAGGGACAAAACAGCAAGACGAGCAAAACGGUUAGACAAAGACGCAAGAAACAUUGAGAAAGAAAGAGACAAAACGGCAAGACGAGCAAAACGCUUAGAGAAAGAGUCGAGGAACAUUGAGAAAGAAAGGGACAAAACAGCAAGACAAGCGAAACGCUUAGAGAAAGAGUCAAGGAACAUUGAGAAAGAAAGGGACAAAACAGCAAGACAAGCGAAACGCUUAGAGAAAGAGUCGAGGAACAUUGAGAAAGAAAGGGACAAAAGUGCAAGGCAAAGCAAGAGAAAUGACCCAAUAUUUAGACUUUCUGAGAAAGAAAAAGAGAGAAUUGCUAAACAAAAAGAAAGAGCCAAUAUAGAUGUAAUGAAUAAAGAACGUGACAGAGAUGUCAGAAGAAAACGGAAAUGUAGGGAAGAUUCUGCAUUUUCUGAAUUGGAACGCAUUAGAAAAUCUGUGAAAAGAAAAAGUUUUGAUUAUCGUGAGAUUGAACAAACUAGAGAAAAGAGUGCUAAAGCCCUAAAAAGAAAAGAUCCACAUUUUUGUAGGACAGAAAUGAUUUCAAGAAAACGGAGAAAGUACGGAACAACACUGACAGAAACAAUAUCAGUGUUUAACAAAAGAAUAGAAGAAGGGCCAUUAUAUGUAUGUACUUGCUGUAACCAGACCUGGUUUUCUCAUUCAGUUGUUGAUAGCAGCUUUCUUAGAAAAACUUUACCAUCUGAAGAUGUUGCAAAAUUUCUCACCAAAUAUAUCUCAGUUGAAGGAAAAGAGUGGAUAUGUUUAACGUGUAAGAAAACAAUACAAGAAAAGAAAAUGCCAAAGUUGUCAUUAGCAAACCAUGUACAAUUUCCUACCAAACCAGAAGAACUUGAACUUCAUCAGUUAGAAGAACGCCUCAUAGCUUUACGAAUUCCAUUUAUGCAGCUAAGAGAGUUGCCCAGAGGAAGACAGUUAUCUAUCAAAGGAAAUGUUGUUAAUGUUCCAGUAGAUAUACAACCAACUGUAAACUCCUUACCAAGACAGUUUAACAAUGACAUAACAGUGCCAGUCCGAUUAAAGAGAAGACUAAGUUACAAAACUUGUGAUUUUGUAGAAAAUGUCAGACCAAAGCAUGUAAUCAUUGCAUUACACUGGUUAAUGAGAAAUAGCCAAAUGUACAAAGAUGCAAAGAUUCAGGUAGAUGAAGAUUGGGAAGCCAGAAUAACCGCAGAUAGCAGUGAAAUCAUUGCCGAAUAUUUUAACACAAGUACAUCUGAAGGAAGGAAUACAAAUCUUGGUGUUACAUCAGAUGAGAAAGAAGAAAGUACAUUUAAGGAAAUCGAUGAAAGAGAAGGACAUUCUGGCAGCUGCGACACAUUACUGGAUGAUGCAAAUCCUGUUCAAGAUCAGGUAUAUACAUUCGCUCCAGGAGAAGGACAGACACCACUGAGUUUGUACACUGAUAAGGACGCAGAAUUCUUGUCUUUUCCAACUAUUUACUGUGGCCAGAGGAUGGCAUCAAAUGAUGAUCGUGAAGUUAAAGUUCAUUACAGUGAUCUUGUGAAAUGGGAACUAAGAAACAUUGACAGACGUGCAGCAAACAGUGUGCCAAAUUUAUUUUUCAAAAUGAAGAGAAUUCAGAUGAAGCAGAUAUCGGAUAAAGUCAACCUUGUAUUAAGAAGAUGUAAGGGCACAGAGAAGAAAUUAACAGCUGGUGAUGUUCUCAAUCAAGAAGUACCUGACAAGAUAACAAGAUUAGAUGAGGGAUAUUACAUUUUUAGAACUUUGCGUAACAGUCCUCCCUAUCUAGAGGCAAAGAAGAAGGAGUUGUUUGCCAUGAUUAGACAACUGGGAUUACCAACUUGGUUUGCAUCUUUAUCAGCAGCAGAUACAAGAUGGCCUGAGUUGCUCAAAACUCUUGCUCAACUCAAUCUCAAGAAAUCACUUACGGAUGAGGAAGUAGACAGGUUGACAUGGGCUGAAAAAACUGAUUUGGUGCAAAAAGAUCCUGUGACAUGUGUUCGCUUUUUUGAUCACAGAGUACAUGUGUUUAUCAAUACAGUUUUGAAGAGUGAACAUCAUCCUGUUGGGGAACUGAUAGAUUUUUUUUAUCGUGUUGAAUUUCAGCACAGAGGAUCACCUCACAUUCACAUGCUCAUGUGGAUUAAAGAUGCUCCAAAAUUUAAGGAAGAUCCAGUUACUGACAUUGCAAAAUUUAUAGAUCAGUAUGUAUCUUGCUCUACAAAUUGUGAUGAUGAAGUUGCACCUUUUGUAGAAUUACAAAUUCACAAACAUUCCAGAACUUGCAGGAAAAAAGGAAAAGACAUUUGUCGAUUUGGAUUUCCUCAGCCUCCUAUGGAUUCAACUUUGAUCUUGGAACCUUUAUCAGCAGAUGAUUCAGAUGCAUUGACAUACAAAGAAAUUUUUACAAAGGUGAAGAAAGAAUUAGCAGAUAUGAAAGAAGGGAAAAACAUUUCUUUUAGUGAAUUUUUACAGUCACUGAACCUGGAGAAAGAAGAUUACAUAAAGUCGAUCAGAAGUUCCCUUGAUGGACCACAACUUUUUUUGAAGAGAAGCCCACGUGAAAUAAGAGUAAAUCCUUACAUGAAAAAUGUUUUGACAGCAUGGCGAGCUAAUCAUGACUUGCAGUUUGUCCUAGACCCAUAUGCAUGUGCUAUGUACAUUGUGUCCUACAUUAGCAAGUCUCAACGUGGAAUGAGUAAUCUGCUUGACCAAGCAUGUAAGGAAGCAAGAGAAGGAAAUAUGGAUUUGAAAAAACAGGUUCGCCACAUGGGAAACAAGUUCUUGAAUGCAGUUGAGAUAAGUGCACAAGAAGCUGCAUACUUGAAUUUACAAUUGCCUUUAACAAAAAGUUCAAGAGAUGUUGUAUUUAUAAAUACUUCACCACCAGAAGAAAGAACUCUUCUAUUGAAAUGUAAGUCUGCUUUAGAAGAAUUGCCAGAGAAUUCCACAGACAUUCAUGCAAGCAGUGUGAUCAAGCGUUAUUCCCAAAGGCCAAGGCAACUUGAAAACUGGUGUUUAGCAGACUAUGCCGCAGAACUAGAAAUUGUAUAUCCAAAAGAACUCAAAGAAAAUGAUGAGCUCCUAGAGCAAAAUGAUGAUUCUGAAGAUGAACAAGAAUUAAGAGACUUGGAAGAUGAAGAGAUCAAUUCAGAGCUGAUUAGGAUAGUUUUGAAAAAUGGCAUCAUCAUAAGACAAAGGAGGAAGGCUAAAUGCAUUCUUUAUGUCAACUACUCCAUCAAAGUUGAUUCUGAAAAUCAUUAUAGAGAAAAGAUUUUACUUUUCCAUCCAUGGAGAAAGGAAGAAAUAGACAUUAAAGGAAACAAAUCAACAUAUGAAGAAAAAUACAACCAACUGAAGAGUUUUAUAGGUGCUAAAGUAAAGAAGUAUGAACGCAAUGCAGAGGAGCUGGAAGAGGCACAAAGGCAAGCUGAAGAGGUUGAUGUACAAUUUGAUAGAGUAGCACCUAAUGCAGAGCAAACUGAACAAGAGGACUUAGAUGAAGGCAGUAGGGAAAGUGAGAAAUUUGUGUAUUUUGACCCAAAGCGUCCUGAAAAUCACCAGAUCUAUGACAUUGGAGUAGAUCUUGGAUUACCUAGUAGUUCUACUAAUGAUGAUCAAACUCUUCAGUACAAAAUGACAAAUGAGAUGUAUUUUCAGCUAGUUAGCAAGUUAAACAAAAAGCAAAUGGAGUUUUUUACUCAUGUGCUUCAUUGGAUUAAAACCAAAAAAGAACCACUAAGAGUUUUCCUAACUGGUGGUGCAGGAGUUGGUAAGUCUGUUGUUGUAAGAGCUUUGUAUGAGGCACUCACAAGACACUAUUGCUCUACUGAAGGGGAAAAUCCAGAUGACUGCAAGGUUCUACUUUGUGCUCCAACCGGAAAAGCUGCAUUUAAUAUAAAGGGACAGACAAUACAUUCAGCAUUCAAAAUUCCAGCAAGUCAGGGAUUUAACUGCAAGCCCCUUGAUAGUGAAUCUUUGAACAGCCUUAGAACAAAGUACACAUAUUUGUCAACGGUCAUCAUUGACGAGGUUUCUAUGGUUGGAAAUUCACAAUUAAAUUGUGUACAUGAGCGUUUGAAGAUGAUAAAAGGCAGCAAAGAAUACUUUGGAGGUAUCAAUGUCAUUUUGAUUGGGGAUCUUUUCCAGUUAAAGCCAGUGAUGGAUGGAUGGGUUUUUGAUGACUUGAAGAAAAACUUUGGACCACUGGCAACAAACUUGUGGCGGGAAUUGUUCACAAUGCAUGAACUAACGGAAAUAAUGAGGCAGAAAGAUGAUGUUCAUUUUGCUGAGUUACUCAACCGUUUACGAGAAGGAAAUCAAACUGAAGCCGAUAUAAAAACUUUGAAACAGCGCUGUAUAGAUGACUCACAACCUGUAUAUCCAAGAGAUGCUCCGCGAUUGUAUACAAGAAAUGAAAGUGUGAAUGCCUACAACAACCAAGUGUUUCUGCUAGCUGAUGGUGAAAAGGUCAAUAUACCAGCUCAUGAUUCAGUAGUAGGUAGGGAAAAUUUAAUACAGCACUUGAAUUUGCCAGAUGACUCAUCUAAAACAGCUGGAUUGGCUAAAAAUGUUCCCAUAGCACUUGGUCUCCAGUAUGAAAUCACUGCAAAUUUAUGUGUUGAGGAUGGGCUCACAAAUGGUACAUCAUGUAAGGUAGAGUACAUAGAGAGGAGACAAGAAAGCACUGAGAGGCCAAGUAUAAUAUGGGUUUCUUUUGAUGACAGAAAUACUGGAAAAUCAUGGAGAUAUCAGUAUAGACAUCUGUUUGGGCAUGGAGUAGAUAAGUCUUGGACACCAAUAUUUGAUGUGAGAAGAAGCUUUCAGUACCUGAGACACACUGUUGUACGUAUACAAUUUCCAUUGCGACUUUCUGCAGCCAAGACUGUACACAAAUCUCAGGGAGACACAAUGGAUCAAGCUGUAAUAAAUCUUGAUAUGAAUCCAAAAUUUACAUUGCCACACAUUCACUAUGUUGCUCUAAGCAGGGUUAAGAAGAUUACAGGACUUCAUAUCUUGAGUUUAAAUGAAAACAAAAUUUGUGCAUCUGAGAAGGUGAAAAAAGAAAUGAGUAGGCUACGGACAGAAGCAACAUUACAGUUAUGUUAUCAGCCCAUGGAUUCUACAAGCAACCAGACCAUAAGCAUUGCAUUUCAGAAUGUGAGAUCACUGCAUGCCCACUUUGCAAGUUUCAAAAAUGAGCCAAAUCUUCAACAGUCUCAUAUCAUAGGAGUGUCUGAAACAUGGUUGACAGCAUCAGAUGAAAAUGAAGAUUAUGAAUUGGAGAAUUACAACAUGUUCAGGUUGGAUUUUGAAAUGAAUCAGCAAUGUGGGAGACCCCAUAGAGGCAUGAUUACAUACAUUAGAAAUGACUGUCAAAUCAUUAAUCAUGUAAGCCACUCAGACAAAGACCUAGAAUGGCAGUACAGUGAAGUAAAGUGCAAAAAUGAGAAUUAUCAAGUUGUUAUGCUAUAUAGAAGUCCAAGUUCUACUGUUGAAAGGGCAAAAAACAACUUUAUCAACAAAUUGUCAAAAGUACUCAAGAAUCAGCAGAAUGUAAUCAUUAUUGGGGAUUUCAAUAUAGAUCUAUCUCAUGGGGGCUCUUCAGUGGCUACAUAG